AUGCACCGACUCGACGAGGACAAGACAGCAUUUAUAACGCCUGGGGGAACCUUCUGUUAUAAGGUGAUGCCGUUCGACCUAGAAAACGCGGGGGCAACAUACCAAAGACUGAUGAACAAAAUAUUCCGCGACCUCAUAGGUAAGACGGUGGAAGUCUAUGUGGAUGACAUCCUCGCGAAAACUACGCGACCAGAUGACCUCCUGAAUGACCUGGCAAAUGUAUUCGCGUCUCUCCGACAACACAUCAUGAGGCUCAAUCCCCUCAAAUGCGCCUUUGCCAUGGAAGCUGGAAAGUUCCUAGGGUUCAUGAUAACUCAAAGGGGGGUAGAAGCUAACCCUGAGAAAUGCCAAGCGAUACUCCAGAUGAAGAGCCCGGGUUGUAUCAAGGACGUCCAGAUAUUGGAAGGGCGACUUACCUCGUUAUCCCAUUUUCUCGGAGCUUCGGCAACAAAAGCCCUACCCUUCUUUAACCUCAUAAGGAAAGGGAUAGCGUUUGAAUGGACACCCGCAUGCGAGGAAGCUUUUAGACACUUCAAGGAAAUCCUGGCGGCACCCCUUGUGCUCGGGAAGCCAAUGAACGAGGAGCCGUUAUACCUAUAUCUUUCCAUAACAGGAGAAGCCCUGGCCGCGGUUUUGGUACAAGAAGAAGGAAGGGCCCAACAGCCAGUCUAUUUCAUGAGCAGAGCCUUACAAGGGGCAGAACUGAGGUACAGUAAACUGGAAAAGCUAGCUCUGGCACUCUUGACCUCUUCCCGGAGGUUAAAACAAUAUUUCCAAGGUCACCGGAUUGUCGUAAGGACGGACCAAGGAAUCUGGCAAGUACUCCAAAAACCCGAUUUGGUGGGAAGGAUGAUGACUUGGUCCAUUGAACUUUCCCAAUAUGACAUAUGGUACGAACCCCGGCAAGCGAUCAAGGCGCAAGCGAUGGCUGACUUCCUGGUAGAAGUGACGGGGGAUCCAACCGAAGAGACGCGCACACGGUGGAAGCUCCACGUGGACAGAGCCUCAAAUCAGACGUCCGGGGGCGCCGGAAUCAUCCUAGAAAGCCCAGCUGGGGUCAUAUACGAACAGUCGAUCAAGUUCGAAUUUCCCAUCUUGAACAACCAAGCAAAAUACGAAGCCCUCAUAGGGGGCUUAGCCCUAGCAACGGAAGUUGAAGCGACAAGGUUGGAAAUAUGCAGCGAUUCACAAGUCAUCACCUCCCAAGUAAACGGGAGUUACCAAGCCAGAGACUCACUAUUACAAAAGUACUUGGAGAAAGUCAAGGAUUUGAGCCAGAAGUUUGAGGAGAUCAUGAUCCACCACGUUCCAAGAGAAAGGAACACGCGAGCGGAUCUCCUAUCAAAAUUGGCUAGCACCAAACCGGGAGAAGGUAACCGGUCUCUUAUCCAAGGUAUGAUGAGGGAGCCAGUGGUCACUUUGCACCUGUCAAAGAUAAGCCCCUCAUGGUUGGACCCCAUCACCAGCUUCUUAGAAAACGGCAAACUCCCCGACGACGAAAAAGGCGCCAAGAAACUGAGAAGGGAAGCGGCCAAGUACACGAUCAUCCAGGGUCAGCUGUUCAGGAAAGGACUCAGCCAGCCCCUAUUGAAAUGCCUACACCUCGACCAAACGGACUACGUCCUCAGGAAAGUCCAUGAAGGGUGUUGCGGACAUCACAUAGGGGGCAAGACCCUAGCAAGAAAAUUGAUCCGAGCUGGAUACUAUUGGCCAUCAAUGAUGUGGGGAGUCGACCUCUUGGGGCCUUUCCCGGUUGAUCCUAGACAAGUCAAGUACCUCAUAGUCGCCAUUGACUACUAUACCAAAUGGAUAGAGGCCGAGCCGCUGGCCAGUAUAUCCUCAUCCAAUUGUAGAAAGUUCAUGUGGAGGCAAGAAGUUCACAGAGUUCCUCACCGCCUGGAUAUAAGACAGAAGUUUUCCUCAGUGGAGCACCCCCAAACAAACGGACAGGUUGAGUUUGCAAACAAGAUCAUCCUGCUAGGGCUUAAGAAGCGGCUCGACAAUAAAAAAGGUGCUUGGACCGACAAGCUCGCCUCGGUCCUCUGGUCCUACCGUACAACCGAGCAAUCAUCCACCGGGGAGACCCCCUUCCGACUAACAUACGGGCUAGAUGCGGUAAUACCUGUGGAAAUCAGAGAACCAAGUCCACGACUACUUUUGAAGGGAGUAGGGGAAGCCGUGGAGAAGGACCUGAUAGAUGAAGCCAGAGAAAUGGCCCACUUGACGGAAACAGCGCUGAAGCAAAGAAUGGCCCUACGCUACAACACCAAAGUGCUCAAAAGAGAGUUCGAGCCAAACAACCUCGUUUUGAGGCGCAAUGACAUCGGCUUACCGACCCCAGGGGAGGGAAAGCUGGCGGCAAAUUGGGAAGGUCCCUACAAAGUUAAAGAAGCGAUGGGCAAAGGUGCUUUCAAGUUAGAAAGGCUGGAUGGCAAAGAAGUCCCAAGAACGUGGAACGCGAGCAACUUGAGAAGAGUUUACUCUUAG